AAAGAGGAAAGAAAUAGUACAGCUUCUGGGUUUGGGCCGGAUGAAGGGGGCUUGACCCGGAAAGAAUCUAGGGCACGUCUUUCGGGUUUAUCAAUUCAAUUCACUCGGCACUCACUCCCCUUCUGCUCCAUCAUCUCUUCGCCAAAAGGAGUAGGCAAAAGAGAAUGUCCCCUGAUACAGGAAAAGGGUAUACAUCUGUAGCCGAUUCAUCUCUGACUGAGACAAAGCAUGAUAAGAGGAAUUUAGAUUUUUCAGAAAGCCCAAAGUACAAAGUGGAUAGACAUGCCUAUAGCUUUAAGAAACAAGAGCAAGGGUAUUCAUGCGAGCAGGUGGGAACCUCUGGUGCUAAGAAACAUAGAACGAUUGGUACAAGAUAUUUCAUCAUUAAGAGUUUGAAUCAUGAGAAUAUCCAAUUAUCAAUUGAGAAGGGAAUUUGGGCUACUCAACUCAUGAAUGAGCCAAUAUUGGAAGAAGCCUUUCACAAUUCUGGGAAGGUGAUUCUAAUAUUUAGUGUCAACAUGAGUGGUUCCUUUCAAGGAUAUGCUCAAAUGAUGUCUCCUGUUGGCUGGAGAAGAGACAAAGUUUGGAGUGCAGGAAGUGGUGGUAAUAAUCAGUGGGGGCGCAGUUUUAAGGUUAAAUGGCUACAGUUACAUGACUUGCCCUUCCAAAAGACCCUUCAUCUAAAAAACCCUUUGAAUCAGUUCAAACCUGUGAAAAUUAGUAGGGACUGCCAGGAGCUACCUCAGGAUAUUGGAGAAGCUCUUUGUGAGCUCCUUGAUAGAAAGAUUGAUAACAAUGACAAGCAGAUAAGGGAUUACCCAUCAUUUGAACGACCUCAUGUUGAGCCAUCUUGGUCUGUCCGUGAUGAGGAAUUUAAUUUUCCUCAUAUGCCUAGGACAGGGGGACUUUAUCCUUCCUUAUUUUACCAACAUCAACUUGAAUCGAGUAGGACUCAUUUUGCACAUCAGAGAUCAGCUCAGACAUAUCUUUGUGAUAAUUCACCUGUCGCCUCUGGGUCUCCAAGAAUGGCUUGUUCCGAACUCUCUCAUGUCAAAGGGGGUGAAAUGAAUGUUGAUUCUGAUCAUGGUUGUUCUUCUCAACUUGAUAUUUGGAGAUUCUCUGCAGAAGGGAGCUCUGUUGGCAGUGCCCUAACUGACGAUGAUAUUCUUGAAAUGACGUAUGAAGAGUACCUGGAGGCCCACAACAAAAACAUGCCAUACCAUACAGCUGCUAUACCUUCACGGAAAAGUCAAGAGUCAUCAUCAACCAAAGAAAAGAGUGAUGAUUCACACUGUCGAAGGAAUCGGACGCCCAAGAGAAGUCAUAAGCAAUCUCAGGAAUAACAACAGCAAAGAAGAUAGCAUUUCUCAUCGUGAAUAUGAUUAUAUUGUACUAUUAUUGGGUUUCAUCAUGGGUCUUUCAUAUUCUACAUGCGUAUCAGCGUAUGUUUACCUUAUUAUAUGAAUGCCCUGGAGGAACUUGAAUUUUAUAUUGCUCCAACCAAACUUGUACAAAGGCAUCUUAGAAACUUGUAUUUUAAUUCUUCAUUGUACAUUAAGUUUCCCCAUCCCGAUUACUAUAUGUUGGUAAGAAACAGGGUCAAAAUUGACCGCUUACUUAGCAAUGGCUGGUCGGUUGUGAUGUUAUGUUCUACCGAAGAGGAAUAAAUCAUUUAAGGAUUUGAAACCA